GGCAAUAUGGCGUUUUGAACACGAAAAAAACAUAAUGUGAGUUUUAAUAUUAAAACUAACUAAACUUUGCAUAAGGCAUAGGACAGUGAUAGCAAUUUUAAUAGCAAGAUUUACUUUAUAUUAUUCUUCACUUGUUUUAAUUGCAGAGUGUGAAUUGCUUGUAUAAAUAUGGAGAGGAAAGAAGCCCAAUUUUAUAUGAAACUACUUUCAUCUUAUGACCAAGUUUUAAUGUACGAAGAUCCGCACUUGCAGGACUUGUAUCUUUCUCACAUCCCAGUAAUGGAACUGCAAACAAGAGCAGAGGAAAUUAGGCGAGGAAAAUUAGAUGCAAAUGAAGAUAUGUCCUCACAAGAUUGUCUUGUGUUGGCCCUCUUAAAAUGGUUUAAAUGUAAGCUCAUGUUGGGAUUAGAUUUAGUGAUUUAGGAUUUGGAUUAGGAUUAGUGUUAGGAAUAGUGUUAGUGUUAGGAAUAGUUUUAUGAUUUGGAUUUAGUGUUAGGAAUUGGAUUGGGAUUAGUGUUAGGAUCUAGAUUGAGGUUAUGGUUAAGAUUUAGAUUAUAAAUGGUUAGGAUAUAGAUUGAGAUUAUGGUUAAGAUUUAGAUUAUGGUUAGGAUUUAGAUUGAGACUAUGGUUAAGAUUUAGAUUAUGGUUAGUUAAGAUUUAGAUUAUGGUUAGGAUUUAGAUUGAGAUUAUGGUUAGGAUUUAGAUUUAGAUUAUGGUUAGGAUUUAGAUUAUGGUUAGGAUUUAGAUUUAGAUUAUGGUUUAGAUUUAGAUUAUGGUUAGGAUUUAGAUUAUGGUUAGGAUCUAGAUUGAGGUUAUGGUUAGAUUUAGAUUAUGGUUAGGAUUUAGAUUGAGAUUAUGGUUAAGAUUUAGAUUAUGGUUAGGAUUUAGAUUAUGGUUAGGAUUUAGAUUAGAAUGUGGGCUUUAACUAAUGUCAGACACGUAUAACCCAUGACGAGUAAAAUCGCCUGGCAUUAGACAGAAUAAAAUAAGAAAGUAGGGUGGAUCGGGCAUAUAUAAUGCAACCAAAUGGAUUAACUUUUACUGGUUUCAGGUGAAUUUUUUCGUGGCUUUACAAGAUCGUUAGAUUGUGAUGUUUGUCAAGAAAAAGGCACCACAAUUGGUUCGGGCACUCCUACGGCGGAGGAACAGAGAUGGGGAGGUGGUCGUGUCGAACUCUAUCAAUGUCCAAAGUGCAAGAAAAUUAUGAGAUUCCCACGUUACAACCAUCCACAGAAACUGCUUGGUACAGUACAGAGUUUGUUUGUACUCAUCACUCUAAACUUUUUUGCCUUAAAUUUCACGGAUGUGGAGAAACAAAGUUACACCCCUUCCCUAGAAAAUCUUGCCCCCCCCCCCCUUGGUGUGGCACAUUUGAACAUAAUCAUUAUUAACCCAUUGAGUGGCAGCACUCUUCCCCUGACAAGUAAAAUUGUCUGGCGUUAGACAUCUGGAGUAAAAUAAUUAUGUACAGUGCAUCUGGACAUGGGCAGAUAGUCUGAUGGUUAAUCAAUGGGUUACAUUGAUGGCAGCACUUUCCCCUGAUGAGUUAUAUCGUCUGGUGUUAGACAGAGUAAAAUAAUAAAGUAGAGUGCAUCUGGGUGCAUUGCCACUUAAAGAGUUAAGUAUAUAGUACCUUAACUUGCAUAUUGCAGAAACAAGACAUGGUCGCUGUGGUGAAUGGGCAAAUGCUUUCACAAUGUGUUGUGUUGCAUUGGGCUUUAAAACACGUUAUGUUUUGGAUUGGACCGACCACGUUUGGACUGAGGUCUUCUCUGAAGCCCAACAAAGAUGGCUACAUUGUGAUCCAUGUGAAGAUGUCUGUGAUCGACCAUUGCUGUACGAAGCAGGCUGGGGCAAAAAACUUACUUAUUGUAUUGCUUUUGCUAAGGACCAGGUAAAGAAUAGGAAAAUAUUUUUAGCAAUGCAAUGCAAGUCAUGCCAAUCAAAUUUCAUAUAACAUCAUUGACUAUUAUGAUGUGACAUUGCAGAUAAUGGAUGUCACAUGGAGAUAUUCAAACAAACAUCAAGAAGUCCUGCAACGUCGCAAAGAUUGCCGAGAAAACUGGCUGGUCAUGACGAUCAACACUUUUAACAAAAAGGUAUGGAAUUACAGCGGCCAUGUAUUUAUUAUAUGUCUAAUAGGCACUUCACCCUUGACAAGUAAUUUUGUCUGGUGUUAGACAGUGUAAAAUAAUAGAUAGUGCUGAUUAGGGUGAAACACUGCUGGAUUUAUUUGGGUAUUUCUGUCCUGUAGUAAGGACUAUACUAGAACAUAGAUAACUCUAGACCAAAAACAAAUGCCUUUUUUAACCUCUAGGGAGAACAGUUUAGAACUGACAGACUCCUGUAGUAAUUACACUGGAUCAUUGCACUGCAUAUGCUAUAGAUUACACAAGGUGUUAAAUGUUUUUCCUUUCACCUUUUAAAUUAAGUGGCAAUGUACCCUGAUGUGCGCUACUUUAUUAUUUUACUCUGUCUAAUGCCAGAUGAUAUUACUCAUCACGGGGAGAGUGCUUGCCACUCAAUGGGUUAAACUUCAGUUUUUAGACCAAUUACCAAGUGACGAAAGAAAGAUUGCUGAGGAACAAAACAUGAAAGAAUUAGUGAGCUUUCUGAGUGUACAGAAAGAGAUUAUGGAAGAAGAGAAACAAGGUCGCACUUCUGGUGGUGUGGAAUGGCGCAGGGCCAGAGGAGAACUGGGGCAACCCAAGGAGGUAUGGUGUAGUUUGAAAAUGUUAAAAACAUCAAAGUUUUCAGGCACAAACCAUGGUAUUUAUUUGUAAUGACUGUGAUACUUGGCAGGUAGUGAAGACAAUUAAUCUGUAGAGUUCUGUGCUCCCGUCAUGGGGGGUGGGGUCAGGGGUUUAGGGGGUGGCUGAAGAAAAGGCGAAGGAAGGGAAAGGGUAGAGAGAGAAAGAAGGAAGGAAAAUAAAAUAAGCUAAAAAAUCAUGGAUUAAGUCUCACCACUGGUCAAAGGGUAUCAUUCUUUAGCUAUCCUUUUUUCUGCAGACUGUUCCUGGAUAGGGGAAGAAACUUUGGGCGUGCAGGGUUUUUUUCAGGGAUUUUUUAGGGCCGUUAAACGGCCCCAAAAACUCCAUCUUGAAUUGAGUUUUGAAACUCAAUCUUCUCACCAAAGUUUCAGUGCAGUAAAAAUGAAGUUGUUUGAGUUAAAUUCUUGACGUGUGGAAAUUAGUUUUCAGUUGGAAACCCGACAAUUAAGAAAAAAUGGCUGGAAUUCAUCUCGCAACACAAGAAAAACUAUGCAUUCGCCAUCUUUAACCAGUUUAUAGUGUCCCUUAGUGCCCCUGCUUUAACACAUUCCAUCUCAACUAACAUUUAUUGAGUACAGGUGUCAGCCCCGGGGGGGGGGGGGGGGGGGGGUGCAGCCACCCCAGCUGUUCAGCUAAACUCAAUCUUCUCUGCAAAAACGGAUCCAAGAGAAAAUCCUGAAAAAAAACCUGGGCGUGGGGAAACAGUAACCCCACUUAUAACUAUAUACACACCUGAUUUUUUCUGUGUCCCACCGUGGUCAGGCAUAUUUUUCAAGCUUGCCCGGUGUGGAAAUUCACUCAGAGUAACAUCACAAGCAUUAUAUACACACCUGUAUUUUGCAGGUACAACCUGGUUAUGUCUUCAAGCCAAAUGAAAAAGAUGUUCAAGCUGGACGGUAAGCAAAAGCAUUUCUACCUUCGACACUGCAAAUUAAAAAAUUGAGAAUGUACAGCAUCUAUAUUUCACAGCGAAUUCCUUACUGACCAUGAAUCACAUUGCCAACUGAAGAUUUUUUUUGUUUCCCACAAACAAAUUUGCCUAGUGGAAAAUGGGCUUUAAGGCUCAAGAUUGUUUUGCUGGAAAUUGAGUAAAAUCAUCUGAUGAUAUUAAACAGUCUAGUAAAAUCCUAAAGUAACUUUGUAAAUUGUAUGAUGUAUCUCAUUGAAUAUUACUUAUGCCUAUGUGGUAUAUAUCAUAUAAUUUUGUACUUGCAUAAAAUUACUCUUCCAAACAACCAUGCUGAAGUCAGACUGCAAUGCUAUGAUUACUUAUGAGUCACUGAAUUGUUUAAGUUUUUUAGUUUAUAUUCAUAAUUCACAUGAUUCAAUUUACUUAAUACUCUUAAUAUAUGAGUUCAGCAGCUAUAGUUAUAAUUACACUAAUUUUCAUUUGUCGUUUCAUUCUUCUUUUUGUAUUAACUCAUUUUAUAUUAACGUCUAUAUUUUUAGGGACUCUAGAUUUCCCUUAAUUUCAAUAAUGAUCCAAUAAAAUAUUAAUGCCAAUUCAAAUAUCAAGUAGUCACUUUCCACCUCUUGGUGAUUCAAUACCAGCCAGAUCAAUGGUUCUCUUUCCUCCUCGUGGUGAUUCAAUACCAGCCAGAUCAAUGGUUCUCUUUCCACCUCUUGGUGAUUCGAUACCAGCCAGAUUAAUGAUGGUUCUCUUUCCGCCUCUUGGUGAUUCAAUACCAACCAGAUCAAUGGUUCUCUUUCCACCUCUUGGUGAUUCAAUACCAGCCAGUUCAAUGGUUCUCUUUCCACCUCUUGGUGAUUCAAUACCAGCCAGAUCAAUGGUUCUCUUUCCACCUCUUGGUGAUUCAAUACCAGCCAGUUCAAUGGUUCUCUUUCCACCUCUUGGUGAUUCAAUACCAGCCAGAUCAAUGGUUCUCUUUCCACCUCUUGGUGAUUCAAUACCAGCCAGUUCAAUGGUUCUCUUUCCACCUCUUGGUGAUUCAAUACCAGCCAGAUCAAUGGUUCUCUUUCCACCUCUUGGUGAUUCAAUACCAGCCAGUUCAAUGGUUCUCUUUCCACCUCUUGGUGAUUCAAUACCAGCCAGAUCAAUGGUUCUCUUUCCACCUCUUGGUGAUUCAAUACCAGCCAGUUCAAUGGUUCUCUUUCCACCUCUUGGUGAUUCAAUACCAGCCAGAUCAAUGGUUCUCUUUCCACCUCUUGGUGAUUCAAUACCAGCCAGUUCAAUGGUUCUCUUUCCACCUCUUGGUGAUUCAAUACCAGCCAGAUCAAUGGUUCUCUUUCCACCUCUUGGUGAUUCAAUACCAGCCAGUUCAAUGGUUCUCUUUCCACCUCGUGGUGAUUCAAUACCAGCCAGAUCAAUGGUUCUCUUUCCGCCUCUUGGUGAUUCAAUACCAGCCAGAUCAAUGGUUCUCUUUCCACCUCUUGGUGAUUCAAUACCAGCCAAAUGAAUGGUUCUCUUGCCGCCUCUUGGUGAUUCAAUACCAGCCAGAUCAAUGUUUCUCUUUCCUCCUCUUGGUGAUUCAAUACCAGCCAGAUCAAUGGUUCUCUUUCCUCCUCGUGGUGAUUCAAUACCAGCCAGAUCAAUGGUUCUCUUUCCUCCUCGUGGUAUUUCAACACCAGCCAGAUCAAUCAUGGUUCUUUUUCCGCCUCUUGGUGAUUCAAUACCAGCCAGAUCAAUGGUUCUCUUACCGCCUCUUGGGGAUUCAAUACCAACCAGAUCAAUGACGGUUCUCUUUCCUCCUCGUGGUAUUUCAAUACCAGCCAGAUCAAUGGUUCUCUUAUCGUUUUCACUUCUAAACAAAAAAAAUAAAAGUCAGUCUUAAUUAUUGCAGUGAUCGCUUUAGUCAAAUUAGAUUUUAAGGUUAAAAAUGUGUGGUUCAUUUAGUUCAAUUUUCUAAAAUUGCGUUUUUAAUAACUUUUUAAACAAAAUUGCUCCGAUGACGUAAAACAGUGUCUAGUUUAGAUUAUUGCGGUGAAUCGUGUGGACAUAUUGAAUUAAAAAUGAAGAGUAAAAUUAUGUGGUCUUAGAUUCUUUUUUUGAACAUUUGCUAGCGAAGGUUUUGAACAUGGCGGCUUGUUUUAAAGAUCAUUAAAACGCGAAAGAAUCAACAACCAGACACUCAGAACAAUCCCAAACUUUAUCCUAAACCUAACCCCAAUCCUAACCCUAGCAUUAACCCUAAACUAAAACAAAUUCUGAGUUUUGAGCUAUUUUGAAAACCUCCCUCUAUCCUCCAUCGCUUUUAGCCAUCACCUUAAACCUACUCAAGACUUGAGACUCAUGGUUUCGGCAAAGCAAACAGCUUGACAAGUGUACUCGCUUUUGUGUGGGGCAAAAAAUUGACAAGUUUUCCCUCGGCAUGUAUAUUUUGGCAGAGUUAAGUGCAGGUUUGCUUGGGACCGUUUAUGGAUUAAACCCGGAUCAAAUGAAAACUGCCAACUCCCAUCAACUCUUUUGACUGGGGCUCUACUCGAAUUGAAAAAACUACUUUUAAAGAAAACUUGCGCGAUAAAGUGCGGUUAUAAUCUUCGUUUGAAGGGCCUUCGCUCGAAACGUCAUUUUAAUUGUAUUUUUAACUUCUUAUACCCAAACACACAAAUGCAAACAUACACUAGACCCCUUACUUUGGUAUUUUAAAAAUGGAAUCUCUCAAUCUAAUGUGUUGAAAGCACAAAUAUCUUUUCAAUUUCCUUUUAUUUGCAUAACUUAUGAACGUUGCUAAACAAUAUUUCACAGCUACCUUGUGUAGUCGUCAUUCUUCAUCUCGAAGUCUCCUUUUAUCAAAAACCAAAACUGGCUGGAAAGCAAAAGAACAAUUCCAAGUCCUUGUAUCGUCUUCAUGAUCAUUGGCUUUCUUGCGGCGGGCUGCGUUUCUUCUCGAGUUUAGACAACUGUAAACCGCAGCCUUUUUGUGUGGUGUCUUCUCUUCCCAUUCUCUCCUUUUAUACGCCGUAUUUUCCAAUUAUUUAAUAAUUGAUUGUUGCUGUUAUCUUUCUUAAUGUGUAGAUAUGUCAUUAAGUCUACCGUUAUCUUCUGAAGGCCAGAUGUGAACGAGAUUGCACGCAAAUAUUGCAGUCAGACUCUGUGGCUUUGAGAGGAGAAAUAUUUUGACUUCAAAAAAAUAGUGCAUUAAGAUUAUGUUGUAUUACUCUAUCUCACAUAUGUCGUUCAUUUAUUCAUGUCCCCUCAACAGCCCUUAAUAUUUCAUGGAAUUAUAAUAGGAUACACGUAUAUAAUCUUGCUUUGGAUAAUUCAGUGAUUCGAUGGAAACCCUGUAGAUUUAAGGAAGUAACGGAAUGAUUGCCACCUAAUCGCAGGCAAAACACUUAAACGGUCAGGCUGUGCAAAUACAACUUAAUAUCAGCGUGUUAGAACAACUUGUCGCAAGUCCGUUGAGUCACCAAUUUACACACGUAAAAACGCGCAACGUGUUGUAACAAACUUGUAACAGACUUGUACCAAUGCUGUUACAACUAUUUGUCAUCAGGAUGUCUCCGCACUGCUUGUUCCCAGCUUGUUGACAAGUUAUCAAUGGCUUGUUGAAAAAUUGCUAAAAGGUCGUUAACUCAACAGACUUGUUACAAGUUGUUAUCGUUUUGCAAUUGAACAACUUGUUGACAAGUUGUUGCUGACAACCUUGUAACAACUUGAUAAAACAACAACAUUGUUACAACUUGUUGACAAGCAUGCUACAAGCCUGUUGCGAACACAUCUUGUUGACAAUUUAUGAGAUUUUUACGUGUGUCAAAUUGUGAACAAUGAAUGCUAACAUAACUUGAUAUGGACUUAUUGGAUUAAACUUGUAGCAAGUCUGUUGCGGGCUUGUGACAAGUUGUCGACAAGCAUCAGUUUGUUGAAACAACCUUGUAACAAGCCUGUCGAUUCAUCAACCUUGUGACAACUUUUCAACAAGCUGGUAACAAGCCAUACUGAUAUCAGGUUAUUGGAACGAACUUGAACUUGCUUACAACUUGAGUUGUACUGUGUAAAUCAAGUACACAACUCACCUGCGCUUUCGUAUGUGAAUUGUGUGCUUGAUUUACACAGUAUGACUCAAGUUGUAAGCAGGUUGCAUGCGACAGUUUUAGGCAAAAGUUGUGUAGUCUAAAUCAGUUGGUUUUUAUCGCAGGCUAUUUUUAUGCAAGCAAUAAUACUCAUAGUGCAAUAAUUUCGGACUAGAAAUUGAACUUUAUUAAGGCAACUAUAAUUUUUUUGGUAAAUAUCAAUUCUUCACUACGUAAUUCGUGACGGAAAACUCUAAAUAAUUAUUAUUCUGGCACAUAUUCAAAGUACAUUUAGCCACAAUCUGGCUUCCCAAGGAGCUUGAUAAUUUUUUUUCAUAUAUGUCUUCAAAUUAAACCACCCACAUUCCAUAUAUUUGAUUGGAUUUCCUACUCAGAAGCUAAUUCAAUCAGGCUUGUUAUGUCGCGCUAUAUAUUGUCAUUGUGAGCCCAGUGUGAGUUCAGAUUCAAUUAUUUUAAUCUAUGAUCUCGGCAACUGCCAUGUGUGCAGUGACUAUUAAAUUGCACCUAACCUCAAUUUUGUAUCAUCUUAUUGACCUUAUUCUCAAGAACAUUUGAAAGAAUAUGUACUAUUUACAAGUUACAACAUGAGCAGUCGUGUUACAUCCGAUACAACACGGACGGGAAGGUUGUAAAUGGUUUGUGAAACGUCUUGAUGAGAACAUUCGUAUAUUCUUCAACAAUUUAGUAAAAUAAAUUAAUGACAUUUGGUGAGAAAAUUGAACUUAAACUUUAUGUAAAUCAGCAUGAUUCUGUAUCAGAUACACAAGCUCUUGAUUUCUUUUGUGUUUUCUUUAUGAAUUAUUGAUGAGAUAUUUCAGUUUAUUUGAUGUGCAUAUGUCCGGAAUUUAAGGCUAAAUUGUGUUCUACAUUAAGAUGCCCCCCCUGUGCAAAACUUUAGGGCCCCCCCCCCCAGCCCCUCUGGUCCCGAUGCCAGUGCGCUGAAUAGACUCAAUAAAGAUUUGAAUAACAUCACAUUUUAGUAUUUUUGCACAAGUGAAUAUAACAAAUCCUACAAGUUGAUUGGUCAAGUUGAUUGGUGAAUAUAUCAAAACCGAAAUUUGCAAAAUGGCGGCUAGCCGUUUUGUGGAAGUUAUACUGAUAAAGAAAUAAGCGUGAAAUUAAAAUAAAUUCAGUCAAAAAUAAAAACACAAAAGACUUGUGUAAAAAUACUAAAACAAUUAUUCGCCUCAGGCUCGGUGAUUAUCGGGGAUUUUCACCUCAACAUCGUCUCACUGAAUAUUCCCCGAUAAUCACCUCGCCUUCGGCGAAUAAUUGUUAACUAUUUUCUAACUAUUUUGUGAGAUUGUCGUGAGGCGUUAAAAUUUAAAAUUUUCGUUUCAGAAUGCGUGUGCGAUAUUCCUGUGUUGCGGAUGAAUAUUACCGAGGACUUGAAGAUGACGUCAUUCCUGGGAAUGAUGACGUAAAAGGUUGGCGAAAUGGUGUCGAGUCCAUGACGUCGAUGUUCAGAAAAGAAGAACUUGAUUGGAAGAUGGUAAGGCUCUACCUAGACCUAUCUAUGACCUUUGCUCAGCUGGUUUUGGCAGGUUUGGUCAAUUUUAGGCUAGCAUUUGAUAGGAGUUGCAACUCUCCGUGUUUGACCUCUAAGUCUCAUCAUGGAUUGUAAAAUAACUCUCAACUUUGAAAUUUCAAAUUCUGAAAUGUUGAAUCUACUGUUUGGAUCUACUGUUUCUCAGACUCAGUCAGACCCUAAAAACAAAAUUUUGGGGGGACCAUGCCCAUGGCUGGACAGACGAUUGGACCCCCCCCCCCCCAAUACUACCUUCUUUGAAAUUCUGAAAUGAAAAGUUCAAAUUCUGAUGAGAGUUUCAUUCUGAAAUGAAAAGUUCAAAUUCUGAUGUGAAAAGUUUCAUUCUGAAAUGAAAAGUUUCAUUCUGAAUUGAAAAGUUCAAAUUCUACCCCAAUACUACCUUCUUUCAAAUUCUGAAAUGAAAAGUUCAAAUUCUGAUGAGAGUUUCAUUCUGAAAUGAAAAGUUCAAAUUCUGAUGAGUUUCAUUCUGAAAUGAAAAGUUCAAAUUCUGAUGAGUUUCAUUCUGAAAUGAAAAGUUCAAAUUCUGAUGAGAGUUUCAUUCUGAAAUGAAAAGUUCAAAUUCUGAUGUGAAAAGUUUCAUUCUGAAAUGAAAAGUUUCAUUCUGAAUUGAAAAGUUCAAAUUCUACCCCAAUACUACCUUCUUUCAAAUUCUGAAAUGAAAAGUUCAAAUUCUGAUGAGAGUUUCAUUCUGAAAUGAAAAGUUCAAAUUCUGAUGAGUUUCAUUCUGAAAUGAAAAGUUCAAAUUCUGAUGGGUUUCAUUCUGAAAUGAAAAGUUCAAAUUCUGAUGGGAGUUUCAUUCUGAAAUGAAAAGUUCAAGUUCUGAUGUGAAAAGUUUCAUUCUGAAAUGAAAAGUUUCAUUCUGAAAUGAAAAGUUCAAAUUCUACCCCAAUACUAUACCUUCUUUCAAAUUCUGAAAUGAAAAGUUCAUAUUCUGAUGAGAGUUUUCGCCAUGCGCGCGGUAAUAUCCAGUCAACUCUCAUGAAGUUGAAAACUCUCAUGCAAACCCUCGCUUCUCAACUCUCAUCACAUCACCUCAUUUGACCAGAGCUUAAAAAUUAUCUACCAAUAACAACUAAAAUUGCAUUUUGUCUUAAUGUUUUCGAAGACUUAUCUCGCUCGCGAUGAAGGCACUGAGUCGGGCACAAUAACCUGGGCCAUCGAUGUCGGAGAUUCUGGACGUGAGAUUGAUGAAGUGACUGUGCGGGCUGCCUUUACAACAUUUCAAGAUGGCCAGGUCAAGAUGGAGUUGAAAGAAGACAAAGAAGGAGGAAUCACCAAGAUUUUAGACGGAGGUCAGUCAAACUUACUUUUACACCUUCGCUUGAAUGGUAUUAAAUACGAGAUUUUGUGUGGCAACUUUUAAUUUUUCUUGUCACAGAGACGACAUUGAAGACAAGUGGUCACCCAGUGAUAAAGCUCACAGCGUAUUUGCAAUGUGAGAAAAACGACCAAGAGCAUUGCUGGCAACAUUCGCAAAUCUUUCGUCAACCGAUGGACGGCCGGAAGAAUCACUGUGCUCUAGAUAUUAUGCUGAAGUUGAAGCCGAAAGAAUAAAAUGAAGAAGGUAGUAUUGGGUUCCAAUCGUCUGUCCAGCCAUGGUGCCCCAGAAAAUUUUGCUUUUAGGCUCUGGCUGAGUCUGAGAAAUAGUAGAUUCACUGUUCUGAUAAUAUUAGUGGAAUAGAAUAAGGAUAUAUGUAAAUGAUAAGAUGUAUUUGUGAUUUUUCUGUGUUGGUGUUAUGUAUACUCAGGUGAAUAUGUUUGUGAUGUUACUACGAGUGUCAGUUCCGAAGUAUCAACUGACCUGACCGCGUAGCUCAGUUGGCAGAGCAUUGGGCUAGUAUUCGAAAGGUCAUAGGUUCAAUUCCCACCGUGGCCAGGCAUAUUUUUCAAGCCUGCCCGGUGUGGAUAUACACUCGGGGUAACAUCACAAACAUCUAUUUGUUAUUUGUCAUGUUAAAAUAAUAAAUUUUAGUAAAUUGAAUUAUAUUGAAUUUGAAACAAUAUGCAAAACUAUUGCGACAAUGUGAUAUCAAAAUACAAAUAUUUUCGCAUUUUGCGGUAUAUAUUAAUAACUUCUGGUAUAAACAAGUGAAAUAUGUAUUUUAUAGCGAAAAUCAUAACACUCAAUUCAAUAAAUUGUAUAAAUAUAAAUAAUUCAAUAAUUCUUUAGGUUUUCUGCAUUGUUUUAAGUAACACUUCUCGUUUAUUGCGUUCAUCUAAAAUUGUAUCUCGAAUCAUCUUCAAGUCAUCUAACGAUUUAUCCGCUUGUAAUAUAACUUCAUCGUCUUUCUA